CUCGUUGAUAUCAUUCCAUACAGUAUGGUCAUCCUUGUAAAUCCAUCAACCCAUUCAUGGGACAAAGACUGGAUGUAUAGUAUCCAGAUAAAUCGUUGGUUGCUCAAAUCAAUCGGAGUCUGGCCUAUCUCCCUGUGUAUCACAACAACAGAAAAGAGCAAUUCCAUCAUCCUCACCUUGAUUAGCUCCUUUCUAAUAAGUUUCCUCCUGGUACCUUGCGCUCUUUGCACUUUUCUCGUCAAAACAGACGAUCCCGAAGCCAAGAUCAAAAUGGUCGGUGUGCUCAGCUUCUGCGUGAUGGCUGCGAUUAAAUAUUACAUCCUCGCCUCCCGUGGUGUCAUGAUUGGAAAAUGUAUCGAGAAUAUUCGUUUAGACUGGGAUCGUAUUCAUGCGCAACUGCGCCGAGAAGACAGAGAAAUUAUGAAAGAGAAUGCAAGAAUUGGGAGAUCUUUGGCGAUCUUUUGCGCUGGCUUCAUGUAUUCUGGCGGAUUUUUCUAUACCACCGUGAUGCCACUAUGCUCCAAACGCACGGAAAUCAUCGACAACGAAACCGUGAGAACACAAGCGUUUCCCAUUUACCGCGGUCUUCUGGAUCCACGGACAAGUCCUUCGUUUGAAAUCGUGCAGUUCAUGCAAUGUUUGGCUGGAUUUGUGAUAUAUUCAGUAACUGUCGGUGCUUGUAGCUUGGCUGCUGUAUUCGUCAUGCACGUCUGCGGACAGUUUGGAAUCCUCGUGAGAAUGCUUCAAAAACUUGUCGGUAGUCUGGAAGAAGAAAAGAACUUGAACGCCCAUGAACAACGAUUAGGCGAUAUUGUAGAACAUCAUUUACACAUACUAGGUUUUAUAUCUCAGAUAGAAGAUCUUCUUAACGAAAUAUGUUUCGUGGAACUAAUAGGCUGUACGGUGAAUAUUUGUUUCCUUGCAUAUCAUUUACUCACGGAAUGGGAGCAAAGUGACACUAUAGGAACAUUGACUUAUUGCACAUUGCUCAUAUCAUUUACGUUCAAUAUUUUCAUCCUGUGUUACAUUGGCGAAAUUUUAUCUGAACAAUGUAGGAACAUUAGUCUUUCGGCCUAUAUGAUCGAUUGGUAUCGUUUGCCACAAAAGAAAGCACUGGGACUGAUUUUAAUAUUCGCCGUUGCAAACUCUCCACGANAAUUAACAGCUGGAAAAAUCGUCGAAUUAUCCUUAGCCAGUUUCUGCAGCGUGCUAAAGUCCGCAUUCGCAUAUUUGAGUCUGCUUCGUACUCUCAAACUCAUGGGAGAAGCAUUUCUAAUACCAUACGUUCGCACUUAUGGCUUCGCCGUGCACGCAUACACACCUCCUCGCGGAUCGAAUCAACUAGUGGUUAGGAGUAUGGUCGUCCUUGUAAAUCCAUCAACCCAUUCAUGGAAAGACUGGAUGUAUAGUAUCCAGAUAAAUCGUUGGUUGCUCAAGUCAAUCGGAGUCUGGCCUAUUUCCCUGUGUAUCACAACAACCGAAAAGAUCAAUUCCAUCAUCCUCACCUUGAUUAGCUCCUUUUUAAUAAGUUUCCUCCUGGUACCUUGCGCUCUCUGCACUCUCCUCGACAAAACAGGCGAUCUCGAUACCAAGAUCAAAAUGAUCGGUCCGCUCAGUUUCUGCAUGAUGGCUGCGAUUAAAUAUUACAUCCUCGUCUCUCGUGGUGCCAAGAUUGGAAAAUGUAUCGAGAAUAUUCGUUCAGACUGGGAUCGUAUUUAUGCGCAACUGCGACAAGAAGACAGAGAAAUUAUGAAAGAGAAUGCAAGAAUUGGGAGAUCUUUGGCGAUCUUUUGCGCUGGCUUCAUGUAUUCCGGCGGAUUUUUCUAUACCACCGUGAUGCCACUAUGCACCAAACGCACGGAAAUCAUCGACAACGAAACCGUGAGGUCACAAGCGUUUCCUAUUUACCGCGGUCUUCUGGAUCCACGGACUAGUCCCUCGUUUGAAAUCGUGCAGUUCAUGCAAUGUUUGGCUGGAUUUGUGAUAUAUUCAGUAACUGUCGGUGCUUGCAGCUUGGCUGCUGUAUUCGUCAUGCACGUCUGUGGACAGUUUGGAAUCCUCGUGAGAAAGCUUCAAAGACUUGUCGGUAGUCUGGAAGAAGAAAAGAACUUGAACGUCCAUGAACAACGAUUAGGCGAUAUUGUAGAACAUCAUUUACACAUACUAGGUUUUAUAUCUCAGAUAGAAGACCUUCUUAACGAAAUAUGUUUCGUGGAACUAAUAGGCUGUACGAUGAAUAUUUGUUUUCUCGGAUAUUAUUUACUCACGGAAUGGGAGCAAAGUGAAACUAUAGGAACAUUGACUUAUUGCACAUUGCUCAUAUCAUUUACGUUCAAUAUUUUCAUCCUGUGUUACAUUGGCGAAAUUUUAUCUGAACAGUGUAGGAACAUUAGUCUUUCGGCCUAUAUGAUCGAUUGGUAUCGUUUGCCACAAAAGAAAGCACUGGGACUGAUUUUAAUAUUCGCCGUUGCAAACUCUUCCACGNAAUUAACAGCUGGAAAAAUCGUCGAAUUAUCCUUAGCCAGUUUCUGCAGCGUGUUAAAGUCCGCAUUCGCAUAUUUGAGUCUGCUCCGUACUCUCACUACAUGAAAAUACGAAAUCAUAUUAUAUUUGCUUUCGUAUCUUCUUAUUAAAAUCUGAAGUAGUUAUCGGACAAAAAGUGUUUCGAAGUUCUACUGAUUUGAAAGACUA